CUUGGCCACCCUGCCUCAGUUUCUCCUCCAAUGAGCUCAGGGCCCCCCAUUGCGCUGGGCGCCCGGGAGCUUGGUGCAGGCAGGGGGGGGCGUCUAACGGCUUCCUCUCUCGUCCCAUGCCCAGAUCUCUCCCGGAACCGCUUUGCCGAAGUGCCCGAGGACGCCUGCCACCUGGUCUCCUUGGAGGGGCUGAGUUUGUACCACAACUGCCUGCGGACCAUCCCGCCGGCCAUCGCCAACCUGCAAUCCCUCACCUACCUGAACCUCAGCCGGAACCAGCUCACCUCCCUCCCGCCCUGCCUCUGCCGCCUGCCCCUCAAAGUCCUCGUCGCCAGUAACAACAAGCUGGGCUCGCUGCCCGACGAGACGGGCUCACUCACCAACCUGCGCCAGCUGAGUCCCUCCCUCCGCCAGUCUCCAGCCCCCCGGCCCGGGAGCCCGGCUCGGCCCAGAAGCCCAGCAGCUUCCUCUUCCGCUCCACGUCGCGGACCGCCAUCAAGCCUGGCUCCGCCUGUGCCCCCCACGACUGCACCGCAGACCCCCAGCACCCCCUGCGGCUACGGGCUGGCUCGCACGACCUGGACGAGAAGGAGUUAACAGCUCAGCUCCGCAAGGCCAUCGAGUCGCGGCUCAGCGUGACGCUGACAGAGGACCUGGGCGAUGCCCUGGCCAACGGGGCCGUGCUGUGCCAGCUGGCCAACCACCUGCGCCCGCGCUCUGUGCCCUUCAUCCACGUCCCGUCUCCUGCCGUGCCAAAGCUGAACAAGAUCAAAUGUCGGAAAAACGUGGAGAGCUUCCUGGAGGCCUGUCGCCGUAUGGGGGUCCCAGAGGAAGCCCUGUGCCAGCCCCAGCACGUCCUGGACGAGGAGAGCCUGGCGCCGCUGGCCCGGACCGUCCAGGCCCUGCUGACUGUGGCCCCGCCCCCGAAGAAGCCGACGCCCCCCGAGGGCACCUCCAGCAAGAUCUAAGGGGUGGGGGCCCAGGAGCUAAUGGCACAGCCAAGGGGCAUGGGACUAGAACGCCCCGGGCCUGGUGGGGGCUGGCCAAUGGUGAGAGUUCCCCCACAUGGGGCACUGGGGGCCCGGCUCAUGCCCAAGCAGAACAGACGGUACAGCAAGGGGCCCUGCCCCCCACCCCCCAGCGAGAGCUGGGCACCCGUUGGUGGCAGUGUUGGGAUCCUCAGAUCAGGCCCAGCUCCUACUGCUCCACCCCCCCCGUCCCCUCCAGCAUCUGUCAGCCGCGUGAGCCCCCUUGGGCUAGAGUGGGGGGGGAGCGGAGGUUGGGAGCAGAUGUGGGGUAAGGAUGGGGGGGGUUGAUCUCAAGGGGGGGGCAGUUUUAUUUCCCUGCAGGGAGGAAAUGGGGACCAGGCCCCAGCUGCUCCCCCGUCUGGGAGCGAUGGGCACGGGCUCCCUGCAGACUCAGGCAAGGAUGCCGGACUGGGGGUCGCAGGGCAGCCGCCGGCCGUGGGGCACUGGGGCUGAGGGAGGCCCCCCCUUUCUUUAGCAUUUCCCGGGGGUGGGGGGGCAGAUUGCCCUGACCAAG